AUGCCGCAACCAUUGAAAUACCCUGAACUGGCACAUCUACCCCCCGAUGAGAAGCACAAAGAACAACAGCGCAAAUGGCACCAGGCGAUAAACGCCGACCCCGAGAAAAAGGCCAGACGACGGGAACUCAAUAGACUAAGUAAACAGAGAUCGCGCGCACGGAAAAUGGACACGGAACAGCAAGAAACGGAAGGACAGCCUUCUCGAAAGCGGCGCCGUACUGCAGCAACUACAAACUCUGCAGCGGGACCUUCCAACAUCGCGGAGCCGUUCAAUGCCCCAGAUAUUACCGAGCCCUCCACCUCCUCUCACCAGCCAUUUGUUUCUAUCCCUAUCGAUCCCGCACUCUUACCGCAGCCACCCAACAAUACCGAGGUCACCACCCGCCGCGCAUGCGAUGCUGCCACGGCGACGGUACAUCCAAGUACUCGCGAUAUCAUGGUGACGACCGAAACCCCACACACGUGUGACGUAUCCGUCAUGACCGAACCUGCACCUGCACCUGCACCUCCCUCGCCAGCUUUGUCGACCCUCACUAACCUCGACAUGGACUUGGCAUCUGAUAUCAUUGGGAUUGAGGUGCCCGAACAGUCGGAGACCAUUCAAUGGUCUGAUGGGCGUACCACGGUACUGCCAUGUAUUUGGGAGGGCGGUGUAAAUAUAUGCCACAACGAUGCCGAGUUCGUCAAAUUCCUUGCCCAGCUUCCGGAAUCCUGUCCUGGUUCAGCGCACGUUGUCCACGCACAUUACCGUGAUUGGAGUUCGAAACCGAUGGAGUUAUGCGAACUCGUUAACGAGGCCCUUCGCGAUGGAAAAGUCUUUCUUCUUCGCGGGCGCCAUAAACCUGAGCCAGCCGCGCUGGAUCUCGACUACCUAGAACGUUACGGUAUAUCGUCUACAAGGCCUAUCGUUGCACACGAUGUCAAAACGCGCGUAGCAGACUUCACAUAUCCGCAAAUGACAAGCACUGUCCAACAGUUCAUCCGCGACAUCCGCGACCCUAACAAGAUACGAUUUGUUCUCGACCUUCCAUUUUUACAGGGGGGUCUCCCAUUCUCCCUCAGCACCAUCGAUCAUGGCAGGGCCGCAUGGAAUCUAACUGUAACUGCCGCGCAAGAACCAGUCCAUCCCGACAACUUCUUUGUGACGGGGUGGGCUUUACUUCACCACGCCGGGGUCCUCACAUAUUUUCACCACGACGCUGACGGGGCAGCCACUCAUGUCACGAUAGAUAACUUUAACGGCACAAAAUUUUGGUGUGUGGCUUUCCCAAAAUAUGGACACAAGAUUCCCCGGACAACGCUCAGUACAAUUGCCGAACUCUUCACCGACCUUGGGAACAACCGCGAGCAGAUCGAAUCCAAUUGGGAUUUCGAAACAGUCACUCUCUUGCCAGGAGAUCUCCUUAUUCAACCUCCUGGACAGUUCCACGCGGUCUAUACACCUGUCGCGACGUUUGCUACCGGCGGUCAUUUCUACAAUCAUCAGUACAUGCAUUUGACGGAACUUUCCCGUUACAUCGACCACUACAAGGGACCCACCUUCACUAACCAGAUUCACGAACACUCAAUCGCCACGUUUGAGCGAAUGAUUAUAAACCUGCCGUACCUACCCCGCCGCGUCACAAUAUACAGCAGGUCUCUCAUCGCUCUGUGCACCAUGGUCAUGGAGUCGGAAAAGUAUGUGGCUGCUGGGACUGGCAAGAGAAAACGGCAGAAGUUGGAAACUGCCAAACAAGCCUUUGCGAUGUCAAAUGCGAUCGUCACACAUUUCUGGACCAACCUCAAGUUGUCAACCAAAAAAUAUCGCGAAGGGAGUCAAAUGCACCCUGGAGAUGCCAUCGAUCGAGACGAACUGAUGUCCUGCCUAGCAGAGUUUACCAUAUCGUAG